AUGGCCACCGCACACCCCAAUCUCUUCAGCUUCCCGUCCACCGACUAUCUCGCCCAGCAGCUGCGCGGCUAUGUUCUCCGCGCCCAAAAUGCCGCCCUGACCCGCCACGAUACCUUCCGCCUGGCCGUCUCGGGUGGUUCCCUGCCCACCGUCCUGGCGCGAGCCCUGCUGGCUCCCAGCAAUGGCUCCCCCGAGGACACCCCGCAGUUCGCCAAAUGGCACAUCUUCUUCGCCGAUGAGCGGGCCGUGCCGCUCGACCACGAAGACAGCAACUACCGUCUGCUGAAGGAUGAGCUGGUCAGCAAGAUUCCGUCGGAGCUUGGUGCUCCGACCGUGCACGCCAUCGAUGCCAACCACGUCAACGACGACGACCCCCAGGAGCUGGCCGAUCUGUACCAGGAGGAGCUGAUGCGGUCUUUUGCCGCCAAGGACAGCGUUAAGCUGCCCGUCUUCGACCUCAUUCUCCUCGGCUGUGGCCCCGAUGGCCACACCUGCAGUCUUUUCCCGGGCCACGAGCUGCUGCGCGAAAAGGACGCCUGGGUCGCGGCCGAGACCAACUCGCCCAAGCCGCCGCCGAAGCGCAUCACCCUCACUCUGCCUGUCGUCACGCACGCCGUCAGCAUCGCGUUCGUGGCUACCGGGGCAGGCAAGAAGGAUAUCCUUAAAAAGAUCUUCGAUCAGGAGGAGGGCCGCAGUAUCCCCUCGGCCUUGGUCAACCAGGGCGGCGGCGAGAAGGUCAGCUGGUUCACUGAUCACCCCGCAGUAGAGGGAAUCUCGUUUCCCCGUCGCGGAAGUCUGUGA